CCCUCGGGCAGAUGAGGCUCGUUAGCUGGGGACAGCCACUUUUCUAGGAGAGACAACUCCAAAAUUAAACAACUGCUGCCUUGUAGUUUGUUCUUGGUUGGACAAAGGCUAUGAGAGCAAAUCCAAAAAGAAAAGCAGGCUGAAAUCGGAGUCAAUGGCCUCAAUGGCGCAUAACCAGUUGACACGUAACGCUUAAUUGUGUUGGAGGCGUGGUCGAUUAGGCAAAAAGCUCAUGGCUAUGGUUAUCAUCUUGUUGAAAUAAAGAGCUACAAGAUCUGAAGUGAGUGGAGUUUAAAGAAAAUCAGCAUUACAAUGACAGAGUCCAACCUUCCUUCAUUGAUGAAAGAAAUUGGGGAGGCCCUGAGGUUGGAUAAUGAUGGAAUUGUUAAGGAGGCAUACAAAAAGUAUGUCAGCUGUAUAUAUAAAAUUUCCACCAACUUGAUUUUGGCUAUGAAAAAAGCAGGUGGCGAUGUGGUUGUGGACAAGAAAACAUGCAAACAGGUGAAGCUGGUGCAACAGUGUGUUGACAGAGUUGCUGCCUUGGUGGAGAAAUUAGAGUCAACCACUACCAGCAUGUCUACAGUAACAGUUGGUGUGACAUCAUCCCAUCUGGUCUCACCAGUACGUCCAUCUGUUCUAGCCACCACACCGCCACCUUCACCUUUGACCUCUCCAGCACAGCUACCAGUCAAGUUCAACUCCCUGGUGCCCUUGCUCCCAGAUGAGAACAACCCACACAUCUACACAGUCAACAAGACGCCAACACUGACCCCCAUGGAGAUCGCCCAGAAACAGAACCAGUCUCUGAUGACAGCCUACAAGGCCAGGAUGAAGAGGUUAAACAGAUCAGACUUUAACGCCUUCAGUUAUAGUUUGACAAUUCAAAGAAAGAUGGCUGAAAAUAUUGCCAUAGCCCAAGCUCAAGAAGAAGAGCUUGCCAGGAAAAUGCAAGCCAGAAAUCAAAGGCUAGAGGAACAAGCUGCAAAGCGUUUUGCCACACCUAUUGGCAUGUCAAAAGAGGAACAGGAGCAGCGCCAGAUUUAUAAGAAAAUAUUGAUCUAUGAAACGGAUGCCAAAUGGUUGCAAAACUGGAGAAGCAAACUGGACUCCAACCCAGAAGAUCCAAUACUCAUCAGUCAGCUGGUGGCGGAGAUCCUCCGAUGCCAGGAUCACCCUUUGACUGAGCUGCUGCGGAAAUAUCAGUUCAAAAUCUACGAGAGGCUCUACCCACUAGUUGCUAACAAACACCAGGAUUUGGAGCUGAUUAAAGUACCUUUUCCAAAAAAAUCCUGGCCCUCAUUGGAUAGCGUUUCAGAGAUCAUAUUCCAAAGAGAGUCAUCUCCCCCGCCUGUACAAAAAUCCAAAGAUACACCUGAAGACAGUGUUAAAAGCACUGGCUGUUUGCAAGCUGAAGACGGUAAACAGGUAGAUGACAGGAGUAGUCCAGAGAAUAGUAAAGAUGAAACUGUGACUAAUGAUCCAGAAUCCUGGGUUGAUCCUUUGUGUGUACGUUCAGAAACUCUCAACUCCAUACAUUCCAUAACAGAGGAUCAGCAUUCAGACAAUGCUGGAAUAAAAAGCAAUCUUGAAAAUGUAAACAGUGAUGACAUUUCAUCAGAAAGUGAUAAGAGCUCAAAUGGAGCUGAUGUUUUAGCUCAAAGCUCAGCUCGUGAGGGUAAAUCAGAUUCACCAUUACAGCUUGAUGACUGCAAAGAACCUAGUGGUGACAGUGCUCGUGGGACAUCUUCUCAGCCUGCUGAUACAGGUUCAACACCCACUGACACCAACACUGUUGUAGACAGACAAGAUUCACCACCUGUUCAUAUAACUAUUAGCUCCGAUGAUUCAAGCCAAGCAUCGAAACGUUCAACAGAACAUGUUGAAAAUUCAAACAACGCUAAAAAUCCAUUCUUCGCUUCUACUCCCAAUGCUUCAAAAACUUCAGAUGUUUCAACGGACCGCCUUUCUCCCGGGGAUGGACAAGAGCUGACCACCCAGCUCUCCUGGGAGCGGCGUCAGGCACAGCUUCUCAUGCGUCAGGUGACGCGUGACUACAGCAGAUACAAAAUGGACUGCUCCGAGUACGACGAGGACACGCUGGACUAUUUGUUUGAGGAUGACGUAGCUGACGGGGAGGACGAAUACGACUACCAGAGCCUGGCCUACAACUUCAGACCCUCGUACAGAACAGCUGAGCCCUCAGUACCUGACCAUGUUGCAGAAGUGAAGAAGUCAGAGAAGGUAGAUAACUCUAGCCUAGACCGCAGUGUUAGCCUUCAGCCACCUUCGUCAAAUACACCGCAGGAUGAAACAGACACUUGCCACAGCCUACCUUCUAACAUGAAGCCAGAUAAAAAAUUUGAUGAGCUGACGGCCGAUGCUUAUUCAAGACAUUUGAAAGCUAUAUCAGACGACAUACAUCGCUAUCUAGAAAAGCUUCUUGUGAUGAUGACAACAGCCUAUGAAUCUUUGGAUACUCCUGUUGGCAGAGAUCAGUGUGCUGUGUCUUUGGAGGAGCCUUUCUUCAAACCCAUCUGGAAAACGUUGCUCAGGCUUUUUAGAGUGGUCAAUUACAAACAGGAGCAGGUGCUUGCUUGUAUAAUGACCAGCUAUGCCAAUGUUAGCCCCGAGGAGAUGAAGGUUUCCAAAAAACUUUGUCUGCAGGACUCCGGGGACCAGCAGCCCUACCAGCGGGCUAUCACUGAGCUCUGCCAUGUCCAGGAGUACUACACCAUGCUCAGCAAGCUGGAGUGUGUAGUGAAAGUUUGUCGUUUGAUUUGUGAGUGUGUGGAUGACUACUACAGGAAAAAAGAUGGUGAUGAAGAACAUCCCAAAGUCAAAGCACCCUCUGUAGGAGCAGAUGACCUUCUACCCAUACUGAGUUAUGUUAUCAUCAGGAGUUCUCUCCCCCAGCUGGGAGCGGAGUGUGAUGCCAUGACAGAGUUUAUUCAUGAAGGGUACAUGAUGGGGGAAGAAGGCUACUGCUUGACAACAUUGAGGACAGCUCUUAACUUUGUCACUUCCUUGUUUCCAUCUUGUUUGUAGCUUGAGUGUUUAGAUCAUGUUAACAUGCUUUAUUUUCUUGUGAUUUUGAGAUAUUUUUAACAAACCUGCAUUGUGAUUUUGAGCAUUAUUGUUAAAGAUAUUUAAUGGCCCCUUCAUUACUUGGUGAAUUUUUAUUAGAUAUGUUUGGUCAAUUUUUAUAUGGAAAUAUAUUUGUUUGACCAAUAGUUUACUUAUAUAGAUACAUACUAUUUGACCACCCUCCACAUUAUGCAUAAUUUAUGUCCAUGAUAAGCGGUCUAACCUUUAUUUAAACAGAACUAUUUCUUUAAAUGUAAUGCUUAUAAUUGUAACUACUUUACAAUGUUCUUGUACUUUGUAUGAAAACCAUGCUAAAUAUAAGUUUUGUUUUCAAACAUUCAGCAUAAUAUCAUUAAACAGUUGUAAUGAGUACUGUUAAAUUUUCUGUUUAGCCUGGUACAUGAAAGUAAGGAUGAGAAAAAGAAAUAUUAUUUUCAGUCUUGAUAGACAUUAAAGGUCCAUUCAGUAGAUGAA